AUCCACCUUCUAUUGAUAACCAGAGGAGAGUAACGUCAAGCUGUAGCAAGGCACAGUCAUAUCUCAUAUUGACGGAUCCAAGCCAUUUCAGAGGACGUGUCUCGGUGCUGUCGCUCCAGAUCCAGAAGAGUUUGUGCCUUGAGACGGAUAUCGACUGUAACAGUGUUCCGCACGCGGGGAGCCAGAGAGUGAAACCACAAACUAGCCUCGAUUUUCUAGCAAUUGUACGGCAGACUUGUGUGAGUCACAUACUCCAGUUAUAUGGCUCCUCCUACACGAAGCGCACCGUUGCUUCGUUUAGCCGUGGCACUCACGAUUUUCAUCAUCGGAAUUUGUGUGCUGAACGGCCUUGACCACCCACGCACUCUGGCCCACGAACUAUCAACAAUACUCUCCAAUCAGACCCUUACACUCCAGUUGUCUGAGCACGACGAUACUGGUAUUGCAGCUGUAUACGUUCCCGCCUCGCUCAAAGACAAUGGUCGUACCUCAAUCUUCUGGGGUGGACUGUUCGCUCUUGGAACUGCUGGAGCCUACAUAUACGGCAAAAUUCAAGAUCACAUUUUCUCUCAAUUAUAUGCACUGGACAAAGAUGCAAAGGAUGUCCCGAAAGGCGAAAAACUGAGGUUCCACCUACAAGGCGUAAGGAAUCUCGAUCUGACUGGAUGGCUUGUUACAACUGGGCCCAAAGACACUUUUAUGGCCUGGACUUUCUCUGUGUGCUCAAUGGCUGGCGUCCUGUAUAUUGCCGUCCUUACUGCUGUCCAAGCUGUCACCAAUGAUAUUGUUGUAGACCAACUCAGACAGUUCUUGAACAACGGCGAGACGACGAACAACACUGUUUUCGGAAGCUCCAUUGACCACGGAAGCUAUACGCUCGAGAGCUGGACCUGUCAAACCAAGUCACUGCUUGCGACCUCGGUCAACUCUCGCACAACAGCACAAGUGGCUGGUGCCCUGAAGAAGUCCUGUCAUGACGGGCGCAAGACUCGCUACUUGCUGUUUGUAAUGCUGCCUCUCACAUUUCUGAUGCUCCUGACCAUCUGGAAAUCUCACUGGUUUAUGUCCGACAAAAGUCAAAAGCCUGCAUGGAUGGCAAUACCCCUCGAGAAUGACGACGGCGAAGACGAUGAUAGCGAGGAGGACGACGACGAUCCAAUGGCUAGGUUUGGCAGUAACGCGAGGGAGCAAUGGCUUUUGGAAGAAGGUUAGAAAACUUCACUACCGUGACAGUGCGGGAUACAAGGAAUCCAUCUUGAUAUGCAAGAAAACAUCGUAGACCACGAUGGCCUUUUCUGAUCACUGUAAAUACCCUCUUGACCAAGAUCCAUUUUAUCAAUCACAUGUAUUCACUUAUACACCGUUAGUCCCA